AUGGGAUCUGUUGCUGUCAUCCUCAUUCAUGAUAAAAAGUUGAAGUUGGAAGCUGUCCACUGGACUUUCCUUAACCUUGUAGGCUUGACAUUCAUGAUCAUUCGGUAUACUAUAGGUCUGGACGAACCUUUGAAGAUGAUCAGGAUUGGCUUCUUUACUUACAAAAACGAGGCCAUCGACGAAAGAUAUUUCGAGAGGAAGGCAUACCAUGUUCGUAGGAUAAGAAAGGUGAGCAACAUGUUCCUCGGCCUGGCUAUAUCCAACGGGAUACUCCUCUCCUUCAUCAAACAAGUUAAGAAGUCUCCGGAGGGCGGGAACUAUGGUAAGUCCAUCAACACAGGUCUUCCGAUACCGAUCUUCUUGCCUUUCGACACGACUACAACAAUUGGAUUCGUCCUCGGAUACCUGAUGAAUGUGGUUGCUUUCUUCUAUCUUGUAGUGAUAACGUCUAGCGCUCAGCAGAUCUUUUUAAGCUUUAUGGAGCAGGGUAUAGCGCAAUUCGAGAUUUUAAAUAUUUCUAUAUCCAACAUUGAAAAGAGAGCAUAUUCCAUCUAUUCCAAAGGAAAGACAUAUACCGACGAGAUCUCAAUGGAUGAGCUCUAUAGAACAAGUAAAUUUCAAAAGUGUGUGUCACAAUGCUUGCGCCAGAAUGUGCAACACCAUCAGACACUAUUGAGGUUCAGAAAUAAUAUUAAGACUUACGUUGAAGCAGUGUUCGUUUUACUCAUUCUUGCUUCGAUAGUCGUUUUCGCUGCGAUAAUGUUUGUCAUUUUAGAGAGCGCAAAGAUGUUCUUCGCUCUUUGGGAUAUCCCUUGGUGGAAGUUUGAUAAACAGAACAAAUUAAUUUUGCAUAUAAUGAUGACCAACUCGAUGAAUCCAGUUGUCAUCAAUGCUCCUUUCUUCAGCUCUAAUAUGUCCUUAGAAUCUUUCGGAGAUAUUAUGGCGAGAGCCUACCAGUUCAUGAGCGUUGUCAGGAACGUCGAUAGAAAAUGAAGUGACGAUCUGUUCUUUUUUGCUAGUCUAGAUAUGUUACUUUAAAAUGCACGUUUAACCAAAUAUACUGAUAUAUUUUACUCAACCUGAAAGCAGGAAUACUAAUGUUGAAAUAUUUGCAUAUUUUUAAUAGAGAACGCUUCUUGCAGUGCACCUAACAGAAUGUAAAAGAAAAAAAAAGAAAAGUAUUUUAGAGAUCAAAGCAGAUUAAUGUUUUAACAUCCUUUACUUUUCCCUUUUUCAAUGAUUUCCACUGUUUAUUAAUGUAUUCAGAUUUUAAAAAAAAUAUA